AUGUCUGGGCGUGCACGAGGACGAAGCGGUGGCGGUCGAGGACCUCGAGGUCAGCCGUCUCCAUCAACUGGACGUGGCGGCGGCGGUCCAGGUAGAGGUCGUGACCGUGGAUCAUCACAAUCGGGAGUUUACAAUGCUCCUCCACCUUCUUCUCAGCCGGUGCCUCCGAUUCCUACUGUGCCGGUUUCGUCACUGAGCGGCGAAGUUGAGCAGAAGCUCACGCUUCAGCCAUCGGCUUCGUCUUCGUCUUCGGUGCCCGUGGCUAAGCCAGUCCAGCAGGCUCCGCCGGUGGACGCGGCACAAUCGAAGCAACAACAGUUGCCGCCGGCGUCUUCCAAAGCUAUUAGGAUGCCCGCGAGGCCUGGAUUUGGAAAAGUUGGGGCUAGGAUGAUCGUUAAGGCAAAUCAUUUUCUGGUGAAUGUAGCCGAUCGGGAUCUGAGUCACUAUGAUGUGUCAAUCACUCCGGAGGUGACCUCUAAAAAACUCUGUCGGGAUAUUAUGAGCCAGUUGGUUAAAUCCUAUCAACACUCACAUCUUGGCAAGCGAAUGUUAGUUUUUGAUGGAAGAAAGAAUGCUUAUGCUGCGGGGCAACUUCCUUUCUCUUCCAAGGACUUUGACGUCACUCUAGUUGACAAGGACAAUAAUACAAGGAAGGAUCGGAAAUACAAGGUCUCGAUCAAAUUUGCUUCCAAAGCAGACCUUCACCAUCUUCAGCAAUUCUUACAGCGUCAACAACUUGAUUCCCCACAAGAAACUAUACAAGCUCUAGAUUUGGUUCUUCGAGAGAGACCAUCGAACAAUUAUGAAGUCAUUGGAAGGUCAUUCUUCUCCCCAAACUUGGGCCAAAUAGGGGAGCUCGGUGAUGGGUUAGAAUAUUGGAAAGGGUUCUAUCAAAGUCUUCGUCCAACCCAGAUGGGUUUGUCUCUCAACAUUGAUAUGUCAGCCAGAGCAUUUUAUGAGCCUAUUCUAGUUACUGAAUACGUUGCCAAGUAUUUCAAUCGAAAUCUAACAAGGCCUCUGUCUGACCAAGAUCGUAUUAAGGUGAAAAGAGCAUUAAGGGGCAUAAAGGUGCAGCUCCACCAUCAGGAGCAUGUCAAACGGUACAAAAUUACGGGCGUGUCAACAGAACCUACUCAGAAGUUGAUGUUUCAGUUGGACGAGUCAGGGACAAGAAUAUCUGUGGCCCAAUACUUCCACCAGAAGUACAAUAUUGUGCUCGAUUAUCCGUUCUUGCCUGCGAUUCAGGCGGGCAGUGAUACAAAGCCUGUUUACCUUCCUAUGGAGCUUUGCAGCAUUGUUGAGGGCCAAAGGUACUCUAGGAAGUUGAAUGAGAAACAAGUUACUGCACUUUUGAGAGCUACCUGUCAACGUCCGCAUGAAAGAGAGAAAAACAUCAGAGAGACGGUCAGGUAUAACAAUUACAAUGGUGAUGAACUUGUGAAUAAGGAGUUUGGAAUUCAAGUUAAGCCGGAGCUUACUUCCAUUGAAGCACGAGUUUUGCCAGCUCCCACUCUGAGGUAUCAUGAGACUGGGCGGGAAUCACGGAUUGAUCCAAGGGUAGGACAAUGGAACAUGAUCAACAAGAAAAUGAUUAAUGGUGGAAGGGUGGAGUUCUGGACGUCCAUCAACUUCUCGCAACGGUCCAACAUAGAUUUGAACAGGUUCUGCAGUGAGUUGAUUAGCAUGUGUUGCAGUAAGGGAAUGGAAUUUAAUCCAAAACCUUUGGUUCCAGUUCGUUCUGCCCAUCCUGGCCAGAUCGAGAAGGCACUAAUUGAUAUUCACUUACAGUCUACUACAACACUAGCUAAGCAAACAGGAAAACAGCUGCAGUUGCUCAUUGUCAUUUUGCCCGAUGUCACCGGGUCUUAUGGGAAGAUCAAGCGAGUUUGUGAAACUGAAUUGGGGAUUGUCUCACAAUGUUGUCAGCCCAGGCAGGCAUCAAAAUAUAGCAAACAGUACAUGGAAAAUGUAGCCCUGAAGAUCAACGUGAAGGUUGGAGGACGGAAUACUGUUCUGGAACAGGCUGUUCUUAAAAGAAUUCCUUAUCUGACUGAUCUCCCAACCAUAAUCUUUGGUGCUGAUGUUACUCAUCCUCAACCCGGGGAGGAUUCCAGCCCUUCUAUAGCAGCGGUGGUGGCUUCAGUAGAUUGGCCAGAAGUAACAAAGUUCAGAGGCUUGGUUUCUUCCCAGCGCCACAGGGAAGAAAUAAUACAGGACCUCUAUAAAACAAGUUCAGAUCCCAAGAGAGGCAAAAUUCAUGGUGGAAUGAUUAGGGAACUUUUGAUUGCAUUUUUCAAGUCCACUGGGCAUAAGCCUCACAGAAUUAUAUUCUACAGAGAUGGUGUAAGUGAAGGGCAAUUUAGUCAAGUUCUUUUUCACGAAAUUGAUGCAAUUCGGAAGGCUUGUAUUUCGAUAGAAGAAAAUUAUCUACCACGAAUCACCUUCGUAGUUGUGCAAAAGAGACACCAUACACGUCUCUUCCCUGAUAAUCAUGGAGAUCGUAAUGCUACAGACAGGAGUGGCAACAUUUUGCCAGGUACUGUUGUUGACACUAAGAUAUGUCACCCCAGCGAAUUUGAUUUUUACCUUUGUAGCCAUGCUGGGAUUCAGGGAACUAGCCGUCCAACACAUUACCAUGUGUUGUAUGAUGAGAACGGAUUUAGUGCAGAUGCUUUACAAAUGCUAACCAACAACUUAUGUUAUACGUAUGCCAGGUGUACUAGAUCAGUUUCUAUAGUUCCACCUGCUUAUUACGCACAUUUAGCUGCAUUCCGUGCUCGCUAUUACAUCGAGGGCGGUGACACUUCGGAGACCGGAUCCUCAGGUGGUAAUACCACAAGGGAGCAAAAUGUGGAGGUCCGCCCACUGCCUGUCAUUAAAGAUAACGUGAAAGAUGUCAUGUUUUAUUGCUGA